CUAGAGUUAUCUAGAUAAAUCAUAAAAGCAAGAUUUUUAAAAGAAUUGAUGGGUAAAUCAAUAUUUGAAGAUAUAAAAAAUAUAGAUUUACAAAGACGCCCUUUACGAACAUAUCAAAGACAAAGACAAAAAACACCAGAUUUUGUGACAAUUAAAGAAAAAAGAAGCGAAAUAAAAACGCCUUUAUCCGUGCCUUUAAAGCGUUAUUAUGGUGAAAAUUUUGAAGUAGAUGAUCCGCGUAAAAUACUUUCUUCUCCAAUUAAAUCAACCACUUUAAUAGAAAAGACCCGUGUAUAUGAGUUCAAAUUUGGUAAAAAAAAGGAUAAUUACAAGAGGAGAAAAUUAUUUGAAACAAAAUCAAAAUUUACGCAACUCUGUUUAGAUUUACUUCCUUCUAGAAUUACAUGCUCUGAAUGCGGCAUGUCUUAUACAAGAGGAUCAGCAGCUGAUGAAACAAUUCAUUCAAAAUUUCAUGCAAAAUCUAUCAAAGGAAUUGAUUACCCAAUUACAAAUUCUAUUAAAGAAGUUUGGAAAGAAAAUUUCACUUCAAAUAAAAUUAUUAUGAUUACUAUGUCUUCACCACUUAGUGAAAUAAAAAAAGCAAAAAAAGUUUUAAGUGUUGUUGACUUAGAACUUGGAAGUGCGAGUCCAUUUCCUAGUUCUAUGAAUGAACACAAUCAUUUAGUAAAACAAUAUAAAUUUUUUCUUUAUUUAAAAGGAAAAAAGUGUAUAGGUCUUAUUUUAGUGGAACCUAUUCAGUCGGCAUAUCCAGUUUAUCCUUCAUCCUCACAAUCAAGUUCUAUUACUUUAGAACCAGAAGCUUUAUCAACUUAUAUUAUGGGUGUUUCACGUAUAUGGGUAUGUAAAACCUAUAGAAGAGAAAAAAUUGCUACUUUGUUACUGGAUAUUGCCUGCAACCAUUUUAUUUAUGGAAUAACUGUUAAAAAACAUGAAGUAGCCUUUAGUCAACCUAGCGAAAGUGGAAAACUAUUUAUUGAAAACUGGACUGGCAAAAAAUUCAGCGUUUAUAUAGAAAAUUAA